GCGGGCUGUCAUCCUGCGUGUUCCCGCGCGCGCCUUCGUCUUAGCUGGAAAUAGUUAACCGCCGUUGAAGAUCUUUCGACAAAGUGUGGAGGGGGCUAUCAGGGUUCGACGGACCCUUCCCGCUGAUCCACAGCCACGAGCGCCGAUCUCCCUCCGCCCGAGUCAAGGCGGGCGGUCACUAUCGAAAGCAAACCGGUCAGCGGUCCCGAACUUUUAGAAGUUCUUUGCACGCUCCAUUUGUUUGCACCAUCACCGCCACCACCAUCACCACAAUAACGACGACGACGCAAAGAUGGAGCCGCACGCCUAUACCACGGACGAGAUGGACGAUAUGGCGGAGAGGCUGAGCCGCUUGAGCUCGGGAACGUCCAACAUGUCGCGCCAUGUGCCAUCACUGACUUCAUCCAUGGACGAACGAUACGACAGCCGGCGCAGGGUCCCGUCGGGCGGCGUGGCCCCGCCUCCCACUCCUGACUCGCCACGCUAUCUCGGCCAGGACGACGUCUUCCGCAUACCGACCUACGACCCGGCCGCGCGACCUGGCAUGGCGCUACCGAUGCAGCCUCCCGUGGCACCGAGAACCCCGGCGUUCCACAGAAAAGAUUCGUACACGUCAGAAAGACGCCCGUCCAAGGGCUCAUCAGCCGGCUACAGCCUGUACCCCGCAGCGCCCACGCCCAGACCUACCAAGCCGCUGCCGCCGUUGCCCAUGCUGAAUCGCCAAACCUCACGCCGUUCGUCAUCGCAGCCGUCGCUAGAAGAAUCCGACAUCGGAUCCGGCGACACCUCCCGGUAUUCGCAGUCGUCGAGGGGGAGCACGCUGGAGCGCGUGCCCACAUCCGGCAGCGCCACGCCGUCGUCGGGUGCCGCCGGGUUCAGCCCAAUUCCCCCAAUGGUCAGCGAGUUCCGUGCGCGGCCCCCACAAAUGCAACCACAGGGUGCACAGCACGGGCCCCUGUCUGUCUCGCUAGUGCCCUGGAAGCAACUCAUGGCAACCAACGACAAGCCGCUCAAAGAGCCGGCCGUCUACUACUUUGACAUCUCCACCACGUCUGCGACCCUUGCCAGCAAGCAUGGCAAUAACAUCAUCAGGAUAUGGUCCGUCGGCAGUGGCGAGGUGCAGAACAGCCUCAAGGUAUCCUGCUACACCAACGCUCAGCCGCGGUCCCGCGAGUACUUUGUCCGCAGCCACGCCAUCCUGUCGGAGCCCUCCAAUUUGAUCGCCGUCGCCACCGGCUUUGGCGACACCCUCGAAAUAUGGGACUGGGGCAAGAAGAAGAAGCUCCAAUCGAUCGUUUCGGCCAACCGCUGGGCCGCCGUCCGCUCCAACGUGAUGGAGGCCGGCUGGUGCCCGCUCGUGACCUACAAUGGUGAUGCAGACACACUCGACCUGUACGCGGCCACGCACAACCCCAAGAAACCCUUCAAGAAGACGCGGUCCAUCGAGCUCCGCAAGGCGCCUGGCCUCCCGCUCAUCCCCAAAUACCCGGAACUCGCCUUCUCCGCCACGGGACCCCUCCUCGUCACCGCCUCGGGUCCGCGGCCGCCCCGGCCGGGCCACCCCCCACCCGAGCGCGAGACCCUGCUGACGGCGUGGGAGAUCCACGACGGGGCUCCCGUUUCAAACACCCCUUACAAGGUGGUCGCCCCCUGGCAGCACGCCGAGCUGGACACGGCCCUGCCGUCGGGACUGGCCACCUACGGCUCGGUGGCCGUCUCGAUCUGGAUCCCGGCGUCGUACCGCGCCGUGCCCAUCCCGCCCGACCGCGCCAGCGCCACGGGCCGCGGCGGCUUCAACCUCGCCCCCGUCCCCGUCCACCACAGGUACGUCCUCGUCUGGGACUUUUCGGCAUCGUCGACCAAGACAUUCCGCAUCCCGAACGCUACCUCGUGCGUCUCGCCCGACUGCCGCUUCGUCGCGUACUGCGACGCCUCGGGUGUCGAGAGUGGGGCGCGUGGAUGCCUGGCGCUGCUGGACGCCAUGACGGGGCGACAGUUGUGGUGCUGGCCCGAUCCCGAGGCCGGCCUGCUGGACGCCACGGGGGAUGGGUCCAAGGUGCAGGCGGCGCUGGGGGACCUGAGCAAGAUCACGGAGAUGUGCUUCUCGGCGGACGGCGGGUUCCUGUUUAUUGGCGAUUCAGACGGGAAAAUUGCCGUGUUCGAGGUUCGGGAAGGGGGCGGAGAUGGGGUGAGUUUGAAGGGAUUCAGGUGA